AUGCGGCCGUGCGUGACCCUGCAUUCCCAGGCAGUCUGUAAGGGGGACCUGCGGGCCCUCACGCAGCUCUCGCAACAGUGCGGCGCUGCGCGGACUUUUGCUGACGUUUGCAGCUUCAUCCUGCCGGCUGCCCUUUAUGAUUUUGUUGGCUGGGCCGGAGUCUCUUUAUUCGGCGUUGCUCUCGCCUUUUGCUACCUCGUAUUGGCUGUGCCCAUGCACGCGUCCAAUGACGGGAUGACAUCUUCUCUUAGUGAGUCCGUGCUGGGCUCGUUUCAACUCAAGCGGAUUUAUUGGAUCGAUUGGAUCCUGUCCGGGGCCUUCGUCAGCACCGAGUUGCAGUGGAAUAUGUUGAACACUGCGGUUCCAGCAGCGUUGGUCACCACCUUUGCCUUCCCGACCUAUGCCGUCGGCGCAGUCCUAGGCUCCGGGGCUUUCGUUGCCAUGUGCUUUCUGCUGGUGCUGCCGUCCCUCCCCAGGUGCUUCAACCAGCCUCGACCGACAAAUCUGUUGGCCAGCUACACCUUCAUGAGCAUGUCCUGGUUGUUUAUGCCGUGCACUCAGCUGACGUGGGAUGCCGUCACACACGAGCAUUUGCCCCCAAAGUCUUCCGGCGUUGGGGAUGUUUCUCAGUGA